AUGUCCGAGAACGACUAUGCGCCCAAAUUCGCGCCUUUCCUAGGCAUGGCCGGCGUGGCAUUUGCCAUGAUAUUUGGAUGCAUAGGAGCAGCAUACGGCACCGCCAAAUCCGGCAUCGGCAUCGCAGGCGUAGGAACCUUCCGCGGCGACCUGAUCAUGAAGUCCCUCAUCCCCGUGGUAAUGUCCGGAAUCAUCGCCGUCUACUCCCUCGUCGUCUCCGUCCUCAUAGCCGGCAACAUGAAACCCCCGCCCGAGAAACACUACACCCUCUUCGAAGGCUGCAUGCACCUGGCCUGUGGCCUCUCGGUCGGCCUCACGGGAUUGGCGGCGGGUUAUGCGAUUGGGGUGGUGGGGGAUGCUGGUGUGCGGGCUUAUAUGCAGCAGAGUCGGAUUUUCGUGGGCAUGGUGUUGAUUUUGAUUUUUGGGGAGGUGCUUGGGUUGUAUGGAUUGAUCGUGGCACUGAUCCUAAAUACGAGAGCCUCUGGCUAA